AUGAUUUCAUAUAAUUCAUAUAUUCAUAUUAUCUACAAUAAACAAUAAAGUUUAUUUUUAAAGAUGUCUGUUUAGAUCAGUUAAUAAUCGAAAGCUGAAUUUCAGCUUUAAACUUUUUUUUUCAGCUUUAAACUGUAUGUAGCUGUUUUUACUGUGACACGUCACAAGGCACCGCCUUCAUUUUUGUGUGUUUCCACUAGGUCCUGUAGACAACUGUAAAGUUUUGUUUCACUGUCGUGCUUCUCACACUUACUGAUCAACAGACUGAAAUCAUGUCAGGAAGAGGCAAAGGCGGUAAAGGACUCGGUAAAGGAGGCGCUAAGCGUCAUCGCAAGGUUUUGCGUGAUAACAUCCAGGGAAUCACCAAACCCGCCAUCCGUCGUCUCGCUCGUCGUGGUGGGGUCAAGCGUAUCUCCGGUCUGAUCUAUGAGGAGACUCGCGGUGUGUUGAAGGUGUUUUUGGAGAACGUUAUUCGUGACGCCGUCACCUACACUGAACACGCCAAGAGAAAGACCGUCACCGCCAUGGAUGUCGUCUAUGCUCUGAAGCGUCAGGGUCGCACUCUGUACGGUUUCGGAGGUUAACUGCCUAAACUCCACACGAACCCAAACGGCUCUUUUAAGAGC